CAGGCUUCACAUAUUGGGUCAAUAAAGUGUGUUGCUCCAAGAACAUUUCAGAUCCAGCGAAAUCAGUUCGACACUGACUGUAACAACUCACCUGGUUUACUACCUAGCGCAUGCGCAGAUCUCUCACCGUCUCGUGGGUUAUGGUGUGGUUAUUCUCCGUGGUACUUCAUUUCGGAAUCGGAACACCGAAGACUGACAAAGGCGUUCAUUUGUACCAUCAUCGCAAAGUUUGCGUUAAUGGAGGGUUAACAGCACCUUGCGAGGUAUGAAGACAGAAUGUCAAUGGCAGAUCCACUGCCUUCAGGAUUACUGGAAGCAUGUGUUGUUGUUGGACCUUCAAAUGAUCAAAUAAAGGAGGUGUAUGAGUCUUUUCUGCAGGAAAACGGAAGUCCUUUACCUCUACUUGAUCCUGAGGUCCUGCAGGUUCAUGCACCCCCGUUUGUGACCAAAGGGAGCGUUAAUGAACCAGGUGUGGGAAACUUCAGCCGCACUCAACGGCGGUUUUCUUUCAUUAAAAAGAAAAACGACAGACACUUAGCCCUUGCUGGAAAAGCCAAGGAAGAAACCACAGAGGACGUCAGCGUUCCUAAAGACCUGGACCUGGUGGCCCUGCCACAACUUUGCUUUCCAGGAGGUCUUCAGGUAUCUCAGAAGCAGCAGGAAGAACAAUUCCACUUCCUUGUGUUUACUGAUGUCUUUGGAAACCAGUCACAUGGGGUAGUUCUCCAGUACUACAAACCAGUACAGGAACGGAUGUUAAAACAUAAUGGACAUCAGCGCUUAUCCAAGCUUCCACGUCUCUACAGUGCUUAUGGGAUUUGCAUCAUAUCAAAACAUCCGUAUUACAACGCUCUCAAGGACUGUCUGUCCAGCCUGUUAGGUCGGCUCAAAACCUGUCAAAAUACUGAUAUGGAGCAGGAAGUGAAGGAAUUCUCUGCCAAACUGGCUCUUGUGCCAACUCCUCCCCCUGGUCAGCUGCAUGUGAUGUUCACUCUGCGUCCUGUAACAAUUGUACUUCCAUCCAAAGAAGAUAAAAAUCAUCCUGUUAUUGACCUGGAUCUUCAUCUUCCAUUCCUCUGCUUCGGGUCCAGAGAGCUGCUGCAGAUUAUAAGCAGUAUACUCACAGAACAGCGUAUGGUGUUCUUCUCUUCAGACUGGGCCAAACUGACUCUGAUCGCAGAGUGCUUCAUGCUGUAUAUUCGACCUCUGCGCUGGCAGCACCCGCUGGUGCCCACACUGUCCCGACAGAUGCUUGACUUUGUCAUGGCACCGACCCCAUUCCUCAUGGGAUGCCACCUUAGCCACUAUGAUGAAGUAGCCAUGGAGACAGGUGAUCUGAUUUUGAUCAAUAUUGAUGAAGGAAAAGUGGUCUCUUCUGACUAUCAUGACGUCGACCUUCCAGAAGCCCCUCAGACAGCUGCUGAGUGUUUCAAGAGGCGAAGGAAAGGUCUUCAGUUACACUAUGACCUGGAAGUGCUUCAUCAGGGCAUCUGCAGAGAUGUCAAUGAGCUGCGCAUGCAGAGAAGACGCUGGCAAAACAAACUCAAUGGGGAUAUUCAGAACAUCACCCUUGAGCUCAUCGUGAACAUGUUUAGAGAUGUUGCUGAUCACCUAAAUUAUGAGCACAGAGUUUUUAACACGGAUGAAUUUCUGAAGACCAGGGAACCAGGAGACCAACCGUUUUAUAAAACGGUCCUGGAAACACACAUUUUCCACUCAUUCUUAAAAGACCGUUUGAAUGGAAAGUUUGAUACAUUUACCAGAAUGGAGCAGAGCACUCGGACAGAAGACCAAAAGAGAUGGAAAGCAUCAUUGGAUUUCUAUCGCAGACGCACUGUCAAGGAGAUGGCUCUGAAAAAUGGUCGGCCAGACACCGGUCUGAAUAAACGUCUUGGCACGAGUCUCCCUAACCUGGGCGAAGAGACUAACCCGAGCGUCCUGAGACACAUGUCUCCAACGAAGAUCUUUCCUGAAAUGCCUCUAACCACAUCAGCCAAACCUGUCAAGAUGUUCAAACUGAUCGAUUUCCCUCCUCCCUUGAGCUACCCCCACGUGUGUCAUUACUUUGGAGAUCUUGUCCUCCAGCUGAACAAAGCCAUCUCAGCCACCCCGCCCCAUGACUCCAACCUGCUGGCCAGGUACCACUACCUGCGCGGCCUUGUCAACAUGCUGAACUCGAAGCGCUUGGAUGCCCUCAGUGACUUCCAGAACCUGUACAAAACAGAUAUGGAGAUCUUUCCAGAGGAGCUGGUAAGGGUGCUGGUGGACUCUCUGCAGACGGAGGAGAAAGCCCAGGCAGAGAGAAGAUCGGAGCUUAGGUGGCUUAUCUCUAAAGUGAAGAACAAUGAUAAGAGCAAGCGUGUGGAAUCAGAUGGUCGCGUGAAGAAGUUUGAACUUCCUAAGAGUCCAAUGCAACUGGAGGAGUUUGUGAAGUGCACUCAGGAAUCUGGAAUUGUACGGGACGUGGGCGCCAUCCAGAGAUUGUUCGAGGCUCUCGCUGUCGGUGAGCCAAAACAAAUAGAUCCGGAGAUGUUCCGUGUGUUUUACACUUUCUGGAAGGAAACGGAGGCGGAGGCACAAGAUCUUUUCCUACCUGAUGAGGUGAUGGAACGUUUAGACAGCAGAGAGCGUGUGUACAAGCUGUCCAGCUCUGUGAAUACCAGUUAUGGCGUUGGUAAAAUUGCCGUGACCCAGAAGAGACUCUUCCUGGUGACCACAGGCAGGCCGGGUUAUGUCGAGAUCACCAAGUUCAGAGACAUUGAGGAAGUGAAGAUCUCUGCAGCUCCAUUCCUGCUGUUGAGGAUCCCGUCGCUGAAGAUCAAGAACAGACUGAAGAAAGAGAUAUUUGAGGCUAAUUUAAAAUCCGAGUGUGAACUGUGGAACCUGAUGGUCAAGGAGAUGUGGGCUGGGAGAAUAAUGGCCGACAACCAUAAGGACCCUCAGUAUGUGCAACAGGCUCUGACUAAUGUCCUGCUCAUGGAUGCAGUGGUGAGCUGCUUACAGAUACAGAAACCCAUUCUUGCUGCCUCCAAACUUGCAUAUUAUGAAAGGUUACGCCAUGAAGCUCCCAUGAUUAUUCCCAAACCCACAGCUGAGACACUGAAGCACAAGAUUAAUCCAUCUCAGAACAUGAGGAGCCUUCAGUCUGUUGACGUUUUGCUUUACACUCCAGGACAGCUAACUUUCUCUGCUGAUCUGGAUGGGAACCCUAAGCUUUGGUGUGCUCUCAGCUGUGGGAAAGUGGUUGUGUUUGAUGCUGUUAGUUGGUCCCUGCUGCAAAACUGCAUUGAUUUAGGAGAUUCUCAACUGAACUGCAUGAUGGGAUUGGACCAGGAGCAUUUGUGGAUUGGCUCUCAGGACUCUGUCAUUUACAUAAUCAACACUCGCAGUAUGCUGUGUCACAAACAGCUGACGGAGCACCGCGGAGAGGUCACCGAUUUCGCCCUGGAGAAACUGAGCCACAGACCCAGCCAUGCGCAGGUGUAUUCCUGUAGUGCAGAUGGCACUGUCAUCGUCUGGGACGUCCCCUCUCUGAGGGUGAAGAGACGGGUUCAUCUGACCUGUGACAGAUUACAGUCCAUUCAAGUCCACGACACUGUAUGGUGUUGUGCCAGGGAUUGUGUGAUGGAGCUGAGACAGAACGGAUGUCUGCUUCGUAAGAUUUCUCUCCUAGAAGAUGUAAAAACAAAAGCCAGUGCCUUCAGCAGGAUCACACUGCACAUGGAGAGAAAACAGAUCUGGACAAGUUUCACAGACUCAGCAGAGCUGUAUAUAUUUGAAUCCUCUGACCCAACAAAACCACCCAAACGGGUCACACUCCCUGACUGCUGUGGGGUCACCUGUAUGAUCAGGGUGAAGGAUCAGGUGUGGAUUGGAUGUAGCAGUGGUGUGACUGGCCUUAGCAAGGUUGUGGGGAAGAUCUUCGUGUUGGACUCGGAGAGCCUGGCGGUUGAGAAAGAGCUUGAAGCCCAUGAAGACUGCGUACGAACGCUUUUCUCAGCAGAGGACCGAUAUGUUCUCAGUGGUUCUGCGAGGCUUGAUGGCAAAAUUGCCAUCUGGAGAGUCGAUUAAAACAGUCGAUGCAUAUUUGAAUGUAUAUUAAGGUGCAUUAGAAUUUGUAAUGUGCCACUUGCAAGUAGAUACAUGCAUCUUUAAUACUCUGUCAAACUGUUAAUGUCUAGUUUAAUGAGUCACACACACAUACAUUGGCCUUUAAAUGUGUCAUAUCAGGCUGCUGGUACUGGUUUUGAUUGAAGUUAACCUUUCCUUUGCCACUGAUGUGUGAAAACUGGAAAAACUGCAUGUCAAAUUAUGUGGAAAUAACCAGAAGCUUUUAAAGCUUAGGGUUGUUUGUAUAAACCAGUGGUUCUCAAAAUGGGGGCUUUGGCCCCCUGGGGGGCCCCAAGAUGGAUCCAGGGGGCCACAGAUUUUGUGGCAUUUUAUGAAAUAUAGAAAUUGAUCAUAGAUUUUAUGCAAUCAAACAUCAAAAAAAUGACACCACCAACCAAAAGAAAUGAGGUUCCAGCAUUGUAUAACUGAAUAUGUUUUUGGUUUAAUUAAAAUUCUAAGUUUAAGAUUAUACGUCUUUAUACGGGGGCCGCAAAGCAAUGCACUUAACACAAAGGGGGCCUUGCAACGAAAAAGUUUGAGAACCACUGGUAUAAACAGUCCAACAUUAGAAAUCAAUGCUGUGCUCUUAAACGCUGAAAUUGGAAUGCUCAUCCGAACAGUCACUGUGUAAAUAUAUCGCAGUGUGUAGCACUAAAAGUAAGGUUUUAAGCCUUGUGGCUGUAGAAUAUAAAUAACAAUUUUUGUAUAGAAUUAGCAGUCCUUUGAAAACCUAUCUUGUUCCAAAAUAGCGGAAUAAAGAAUUGGGUGAGGUUUGCGGCACUGACAUGCUCACAAUUUCCUGAAAAGCCCCAGAUCAAAGAGUUGAGGUGCAUAUACCAGCACUGGCUGAGGAUGGAUGACAGCCAUAAUGAGUAUAUUGUGUAACCGUAUGGCAAUCCUUGUGGUGCCUUUGGAAAUCACUUCUGUGGUUGUACGAAGAAAGUGCUCUUCUGUCAUGUUUGCUUUUGUAGGGAUAGAUAUUUUCCUUUAUUUAUUUCAGAUGUUUCCGGUAAAUCAUGUCACAGAUAAUAAAAAAAUCAUAUAAAGUAGAAUGAAGCACAUGUUUAUGAACAUUGUCCCUUUCACGCUUAAAUCUCUAAACCUCAGUGAGAAUUAGUUUGAUUUGUGCUUUUGCAUGUAAAAUGAUAUUUCAACCUACUUUAAUAAAGUAAUUAAAUCAUUUUG